GUUGGUUGUUUUAUUCUGUAGUUUGGAUGCAGAAACGUAGUUCGUUGUUUAUUCUGUAGUUUGGAAACAGAAAAGUAGUUCGCUGUUUAUUCUGUAGGCUGGAAACAGAAAUAAUUAGUUUUUAAGGUAAGUUGGAAACAUCAAUAAAUAGUCCGAUGUCGGAAUAUGACGCUGUUUAUUCUGCAGGCUCGAACAUAAAUCAUUGGCUCUUUAUUUGCCAGCACUGAGACAUAAACAGUUUUUGUUUAUUCUGUAAGUUCUAGAUAUAAAUAGUCCAUCAUUUAGUUGUCAAGUCUGAGAUAUUAAUGACGCGUGGUCCAUUCAGUCGUUGUAAGUUGUAAAGAGAGCAUUUUUCAUGAUUACGUAAUGCGUUUCAUCUGCAGGUUUAUGUUGUUAGUUCAAAUAAGAACUGAAUGAUUCCUUGUACGCUUAAAAACAAUUGCUUCACUUCAGUUCAACCUUUCCACCCCCCCCCCCUUUUUUUUUUCCCAUUCUCAAAUUCUUCUUAAGUUCAGGUGCUUAAACAAAGAAUAACCACGUUUUCCUGGUAUACUGGAAUGUUUUAUUUAUUUACUCUCCACAGAGAGAAACAUUUUUUUUUGUUUGAAAGUAUCCAAAAUUGGUUGUGUGAAUUUUCAACGUCAUGUCAGGAAGGAGAAAAUGCACGUUAAUGUUGUUGCUAUUGUCAGGUAAGAGUUUAAUUAACACAUGUUAAAUGUUUUUUGAUAUUGUCAGGCUGGAGUUAAAGAUUUUGCGAUGGUCAAUUUGAUGACUUAAGCUUUGUAAUUAUAUCCAAUCAUCUUUGGGUUUACAUCCAAUCAUCUUUUUGUUUAUACCCACUCAUCUUUUGUUUAUAUCCAAUCAUCUUUAGGUUUAUAUCCAAUCAUCUUUAGGUUUAUAUCCAAUCAUCUUUAGGUUUAUAUCCAAUCACCUUUAGGUUUAUAUCCAAUCACCUUUAGGUUUAUAUCCAAUCAUCUUUAUGUUUAUAUCCAAUUAUCUUUAUGUUUAUAUCCAAUUAUCUUUAUGUUUAUAUCCAAUCAUCUUUAGGUUUAUAUCCAAUCAUCUUUAGGUUUAUAUCCAAUCAUCUUUAUGUUUAUAUCCAAUUAUCUUUAUGUUUAUAUCCAAUCAUCUUUGUGUUUAUGCCCAAUCAUCUUUGUGUUUGUAUACAAUCAUCUUUGUGUUUAUAUCCAAUGGAUGUCAGAAGUUGAUACACAAUAUCUCAACUGUUGAAAUGCUGUCGUGUGGCCCAAUAUUUCUAAAUAAACUAUUAUACGCAGAUUAUAUACCGAUGGGAUUUUUAAGGCUGGCGUAUGUUUCAUGAAAAGAUGUGUAUUUAAUAUGUUAAGUCUGUUUAACAUAUAGUUUUAUUUUAAAACAUCUCUGGCAGACGUGUUGAUGACGUCAUCGAGUCGGUGUUUGGUGGACAAGUGUAUGGUACCAGAUGAGCGAACUCUAUCGGAAACGUGUGCGUAAGUAUAAUAGAAGAUGAGUCGCACUAUAACUAGUUGUCUGCCAUUGUCAUAUCAAGUUGUCUUCUCUUGUCAACAUAAAAAAUUGUCUUCUCUUGUCACAUCUCAUAUCGUCCUCUGUUGUCAUGUCACUAGCUGUCUUCCCGUUUCUUCUUAUUAUAUUUGAGGGGCCCACAAUCAAUGUGUUGAUCAUUCUGGCUCCUGGUUUAAAUUCAGAGUUUGCCUUCUCCUAGAUUCAUGUCAUUAGUUUUAUUUUCUUGCCAUUCCAAAAAGUACAUACACUACUUGGCAUGUUAUAGCUUUCCAUUGUUUGUAAUAUCACUGACUGUCUUCUCUUGGUCUUAUGUGCGAGUUAUUUUCCCUUUUUAUCAUUUCCCUAGUUGUCUUCUCAUGCUGCAACGUCACAAGUUGUCUUCUCUUGGAAAAAAUAUAAUUAAUUCUAUAUCAAAUUCUGAUCUAAGUUUCCAGAAAACACAAUCUCACAAACAGCCGAAACAAUCCUAUCGUUUUUGUGUAGUUAACAUUAAAAUAAACGAAUGCAUGUUUCGUAUAACAGGGGACUACCGUACCCGACAGAAGAACGCACCUGACACACCUCUUUUAAGGGAAUGAACCCCACACAUUUUGUUAAAGCAACCUAUUGACUGGGCCAUCUUAGAAUCUAAAAAAAGAUCAUUACUAAAUAAUGAUUGUUAUGAGACUAAUAUAUUUAAUUUAUAUGUUAGAAAUGAAAGGAACUAAGACGCCUGUUGUCUAAGUAUGUAUUUAUUAAGGUGAAGAUUUGUUCUUAUUACGAUUCCUAUGAAGAUGAGUGUGAUUACGAUUCCUAUAAAAAAUGUGUAUUAUUACGAUUCCUAUGAAGAUUUGUUCUUAUUACAAUUUCCAAUCUCGAUGCCCACAGGCAAACUGUCGUCUUUGUCGAGUGUUUGAACGUGACCAUCGUCCAGAACGACCAGUGUGACGAUGACCUCAGGCUCGCGUGGAGGGGCACGAUUGAGGCCAUCACGGCGACCCUCGUCGAAAACAGAUGCCAGAACAAUUACAGUUAAGUCUCGAUAGCCAGGCCACGCAAUGACGCCAUCAGCUCACCUAAAGUUUAAUGAAACAUGAAAGAUAUGACAGACUGUAAUGGAAACCUUUAACUAUUUAUGUGAUUACAAAUUCCAUAUACUCAAAAACGUAAUAAUUCAAGAUUUAUUAAAAAUUAAAAAAAAAAAAAAAAUAAAAAAAAAUAUAAAUAGCACAAAAGUAACCUUUAAAAAAAUAAUAACAAAAAAAAAAUAAAAACGUAAUAAUUAAAAAUUUAUUAAAAAUUAAAAAAAAAAAAAAAAUCAAAAAAAAUAUAAAUAGCACAAAAGUGACCUUUAGAUAGAUUGUCACACAACAAAGACUGUCAUAUUAUCCAACAUGUCACAUUAAUGGAAUAGUCACUUUAAAUUACGUAUGACAUUACGCGAGGCACCUUAUCACAUGUGGUGUCACAAAAAUCAAAAGCUAGUAGAAUUUAAUGUAAUUAAUUAUCAUCACACUUGUCCCACUCCUCAGGUCACGCAAGAUUUGACCACCUGACGUAUGUGUACCUAGGACUGACCCUCACUAUCCUGCUGCUUACCACGAUGUAAAAAGCUGAGCACAUGAGCCUGAAUCACCGCAAAUAUUCUUGGAACAAUGUUGUCUAUCUUAUUUAAAUUAUAUUUUCUACAACAGUUCUGUUUAAAGAAACUCAAAAAUGUGAUGUGUUGUAAAAGAACAGGGCCUUAAUCAGGGCUAUUGGGCACAGAACACAGAGUUCGCGGUGGCGUAGGAAGCCAAAGGCAGAGGCGGGCCAUCCACACUUGCAGCACUUUUUUUCUGAUAUGGAGUGGUAGAAUUUUUUUUGCGAACUGCAGAGUUUAUAAAAUCCCGCUCCGGGCGGCACUGACCCUAACCACGCCACUGAGUGGACACUUCAUAUGAGUCUGAUCUUAGGUUGUGGAUCGCUGCAGCAAUCGAUUGCAAUGUGGCGACUCGAGAAAAUGUUGCGCUAAAAUAAUUCGCCAAACCUCUGUUUUUAGACAUAAUAUGUUUACAAAAUUCACGUACAUGGCGCAGAAUAGCC